CCUCACUCAAAAAUUGACUAGCAAUCUUCACAACAGUAUAUAGCUUCCCAAAAUCCCACAAAAUUCUUCUCAAAAACAAUCCAAAUCCGGCAGGGAUCUUCUCCAAGUACCCAAUUUGAUUGACUACUUCAAGUGACCUAUUCCAACUUCCAGCUAUUCAUAUCAAGAUGCUAUCCUCACUACUAACAUUGGCCCUCGCUACAGCCGCAUAUACCAUGCCAGCGGUUAAUACCGCAGCAGCAGACAGGCCCGACCCAAGCCAGGUAUCUAUCAACAACAUCGUCUACGGGGGAACAGGUUGUCCGCAAGGCUCACUAGGCUCAUAUAUCUCACCCGAUCGUCAAACGUGGGCAUUUCCCUUUUCCUCUAAUAGCUCACCCAUACUAACUGAUGACAUAGCUUUACCCUGAUCUUCGACCAAUACGUAGCUUCCAUUGGCCCAGGCGUAGCAAUCGCCCAGAACAGAAAGAACUGCCAGCUCAAUAUCGACAUGAAGUACCCUGGUGGCUUCCAAUAUAGCAUCUUGAGCACGGUAUACAGGGGAUACGUCGGUCUCGACGCAGGAGUUAGCGGUGUUCAAUCCGCCAACUUUUAUUUUUCUGGACGUAAGCUCCCUCUCAAACGUCCCCCAUCUCUUUCAGUACACUAACAAAAUUAGAAUCAUCACAAGCCACAACACAGACCUCAUUCCGGGGCCCUAUCGAUGGGAACUACGAGGCGGUGGAUAAUGUGGAUGUCACAUCCACCAUUUGGUCUCCUUGCGGAUUGAGUGCGGCUCUGAACAUCAAUUCGCAGGUUCGCUUGACUUCUAGCACUGCGGCUGGACGCGGGCAGAUUACGGAUGAUUCUAUUGAUGGGAAGAUUACUUUUGUUGUUGGGGUUCAGUGGCAGAAGUGUUGAGGGACGUAUUGUGUAGUACCUUGUUGAUUGUUUAUAUUUCAUUUUCUUGGAGCCUUUUGUGUUUGAGAUGACGAAGCGUUUGGUACGAUUCUUGGGAGAUUGAAUUGUGUGGAAGCUUAAAUCUCUGAAAUUUGAAAAAGUAAGCAGUAUAGACUCUUGACUCUUGUAGUGACCGGGAUUUUGAAUGGAUU